CAAGCAAUCCUCCUCCUCCUCCUCCUCAUCCUCUAUCAGACAGACUGCUGCUGCUGAGGAUACAUAGUCAGAGGAAUUAUGCCCUGCCCAGCGGUGGCUUUGCCUGUUUGAUGAGGUGACCUAUGCAUCCCAAGUGGUUCUAAGUCCGGGGACACCCCCGUGUUUCUGUUUAGCAUGAGCAUGGAGGAUUAUGACUACCUGUUCAAAAUAGUCCUGAUAGGAAAUGCUGGAGUUGGGAAGACAUGCCUGGUCCGACGCUUUACUCAGGGCCUUUUCCCUCCUGGACAAGGGGCUACUAUUGGAGUGGAUUUCAUGAUUAAGACGGUGGAAAUCAAAGGGGAGAAAGUCAAGCUGCAGAUAUGGGACACAGCUGGACAGGAGAGAUUUCGCUCCAUUACUCAGAGUUAUUACCGCAGUGCCAAUGCCCUCAUUCUUACGUAUGACAUUACCUGUGAGGACUCCUUCAGGUGCCUUCCAGAGUGGCUGAGGGAGAUCGAGCAGUAUGCCAACAACCAGGUGGUGACUAUAUUAGUCGGUAAUAAAAUCGAUCUGGCAGAGAAGAGGGAGGUUCUCCGACAGAGGGCUGAAGACUUCGCUGAGGCUCAGAGCAUGCUGUAUCUGGAGACCUCAGCCAAAGAGUCCGACAACGUUGAGAAACUUUUCCUUGAUCUGGCUUGUGAACUCAUCAGAGAGGCCAAGCAGAACAAGCUGGAUAACAAUGACACUGCCCCGAUGCCCGGUGAGGGUAAAACCAUCAGUUAUUUGACUUGCUGCAGCGUCAAUUAAAAAGAGUUGAGCCUUUCUGGCCGUGGUAAUUCAGUAGCCAUUGACUGAAGAGGGCAGAUGGCUGAGCCACAAUGCCUCCGUCCCUCUAAGAUGGCAUAAAGCCACUUUUUAGUCUGUCAUUUCUAGAUCCAUGCCUUUUUUUUAAAGCUGUACAAGGGAGUUAGUCAACUUUAGUUUGGCCUUCCAGGACAAGCAUUUCAAGAUUCUGUCACCAUGGAGAAAAUGUUCCUGUAAUGCAGCAGGAUGUAGAGCAUGUCAGAAAGAUGAAUCCAGGGAUGAAGUAGGGCUCCAUGUUUUCAUCUUCACGGUGAAAUGGAUUCAUUUGUUUGGAUUUUUCCAUUUUCAUUAAACACCGGUGUUCACCAGCAGUAUUACGUGAGUGAAAAGGUCAACCAGGUAUUUUGUUACAGAUUCCGCAUAACUGACAUCAGGUGUCAUGAUCAUUGGAGGUUAUCAGUAAAUGAUAACUAUGUUUACAUACUGUAGGUUUUGGAGAUAAACGAAUCGGAUCAAUUUGCAAAAAGUAGUUUUGCAAAUUCAGCCUAAAAAUCUGUUGCACAAUCAUUUCCCCACUACUUUGUCUCACUCUGAUGGUUUCAUAUGUUUGAAUUAACUCUCUUAAUUCCCUUUUAGUGUAGUGUUUGAUAUUUUUUUUUGCACCUGUCAUUGCAAACUGUGAAAUAUUUGUUCGCAUUGGAAAUUUUUUACUUGCUGCUAAAAUAUGUUUUAUGUCAAAUAACAAAAUCUGAAACACAAGUAUAAACACUACAUUCAACAGUAUUCUGUGACACAUAGCAUUCCUGCAGUGUAUUUAGUCAGCUGAUUUAGUAUGAAGGGGUUUAGAUAUCAUCAGUAGAAACAGUUUGAUCAAUGGACCGUCAGCUGUUUAUUUUAUAUUCAUAGACGUGAACAUUUCUGCCUCUGUUGUUGCUGCCUAGCCAUUAAAGUUGUACCACUCUUUAUUUGUUUGAAGGGGUAUGUUCAUGUAGUUUUGUAUUUGACUUGUUGUACUUCAUAUGCUUUUACUGCCAACGUUUUGGAUCGUCCAGCAUGUUUUGCUUUCAUUUUUUUAGUGUCUAACUUUGCGUUACUUUAUAUUUGCCAUAACUGUAAUGUACUGUAUUGCACAAUGCCAUGUACUGCACACUUAUUUUUGUUAUAACAUUUUGUCUUUAUUGGUUGAACAGACAUGUAGAACAUCCUGGCACUUUGCUGUUAUUCAUUUAAUUUGCAGUAAUCUGUAAUUUGUGCAACUGUCAAGCAUUUUUGUAUUGCCUUUAUCUUAUAUUUAACAGCAGUUACUUGUUUCUCUUUUCAUGUACUUGUCAACGCAAUAUGGGAUAUACAAAGGAAUCACUUUUGGGAUGUUGUGCUCCUUUUCCUUUAUGUGUACAAAGUAAUCCUCUAAACUCUGUAUAACAUUAAAUAAUAACACUGAAA